UAACCUUUCAUGCAAUCACUCAAUAAAGUAAUAUAAUUAUAUCUAGCAUAAUAACAAAAUCUGGACUACUUCAACAUUCAUUUGGAUUUUAUAAUGGGUGCAACUAACUCCAAGCAAGCCACUACUGUAACACUUGAUUUACAUGUAAAUGAAGACAAGGAAGAACAAAGCGGGAUAGAGCAGUGGGUCAAGGAAAGCACAGAGAUAAGGCUUAUGGUAACUGGAAAAACGGGUACCGGAAAAUCUACUCUACUAAAUGGGAUUGUAGGAGAAAAAAUGUUUAAAGAGGGUGAAACGCUUAAGCCAGAAACACUUACAGUAGAUUCUCAUCAAACACGUAGGGCAGGAGUUGACAUCAUAGUAUUUGACACACCUGGAUUGCAGGAUGGCUCAGGCAAUGAGCAAGCGUAUCUGUCUGCAAUAAAAGAGAAGUGUGUUGACAUACAUCUUUUGCUUUACUGUAUCUCCAUGCUCGAAACGCGGAGUGACCUAAAUGCUCACAAUUCUGCAAUUAAACUUAUUACAGAAGCACUGGGUCCUACUAUCUGGGAAAAUGCAGUCAUAAUUCUCACAUAUGCAAAUGUGUUUGAGCGCCGAUUGAGUGACCAGGGAAAAAACAAAAUAGAAAAAAAAGAUUGCUUCCAGGAGAAAAUAAACGAAUGGGAGGCUGCUGCAAGAGACUCCCUGAGAGACGCAGGUGUUCCAAAUGAAAUCGCACAAAAUGUGACUGCUAUCCCCGUUGGUUUUGCGAAAAAACCUCACUUAGUGUGCCAGAAGUACUGGCUGAGUAACUUUUGGACGGAGUCACUUUCGAAAAUGAAAGAAAAAGCCCAAGCUGCAAUGGUGAAAAUGUCAAAUGACAGAUUUCGAAAUGAAGAGGAUAUAAAACCAGAUGAUUUUGACAAAGAUAUCUCAGAUCAGCCCAUUGUUUUCAAAAUGCUCGAUAAAGCUGUAGCUGCAGGAGCUGCAUCUGCUGGUGCCAUUGUAGGAAUGACUACGGGUGCUUUGAUUGGUGCUUUAUUAAUAGGCAUUCCUACAUUUGGAGUGGCUGCUGGAGCUGGGCUUUGUCUAGGAGGAUUGAUAGGAGGUGGUAUUGGAAGUGGUGGUGGUGCUGGGGUGGGGUUGCUUGUUGCUCUAUAUCGAAGGAACAAGAAGAAGACAAAGAUGAUGAAGAUGAAAAAAGAAAAUUUUGAACAGUGGGUUAAGGAAUUGGGUGGAACUCCAGCUAGUGUAGAAUAAAGAAGUACUUAUUCUCGUGAUAUGCAUAAUUAAGCUUAAUGUGUGUUCCUGAUUCACUAUACUAUAUC